AUGGAGUUCCUCUUGAUCUUGUCCAUCGCUCUCCUCAUUUACUCAGUAACCAUUUUUAUUAUCAACAAACUAAAUAAAAUGCGGCACCAAAACUGCUACCUCCUUGACUACGCUUGUUUCAAGCCUUCCGACGAGUUAAAGCUUCCAACAAACAUUUGCGGAGAAGUUAUCCACAGAAACAUUUUAGGCUUCAACGAAUAUAAAUUCCUGCUGAAAAUCAUCGUCAACUCCGGCAUCGGCGAAGAAACAUAUGGUCCCAGAAGCAUCUUCCGUGGCGAAGAAGCAACGUCGACAUUCGAAGAUGCCCUGUUUGAGAUGGACGAGAGUUUCGAGCACACAGUCAGUGAUGUUCUCGCCAAUUCCGGUGUUAAACCAACAGACAUUGAUAUUCUUGUUGUCAAUGUAUCUAUGUUUGCUCCGGAACCAUCACUUGCUACCAGAAUUGUUAACAAGUUCAAAAUGAGAGAUGAUAUCAAGAUUUACAACUUGUCCGGAAUGGGAUGCAGUGCAAGUCUUAAUUCUAUUGAUCUUAUUCAGAGGACUUUCAUGAGUCAGUUCAAUAAGCUGGCAUUGAUAUUCACAUCAGAGUCGAUAACUCCGAACUGGUAUUCCGGCAAUAACAGGUCCAUGAUGCUUGCAAACUGUCUAUUCCGGUGUGGUGGCUGCGCAAUGCUGCUCACUAAUGAUCCGAAGAAGAAAAAUCAAGCAAAACUCAAUCUCAAACACCUCAUAAGGACUGAUCUUGGUGCUAACGAUGAAGCGUUUAAUUGUGCCUAUGAGACGGAAGACGAGCUGGGUCACACUGGCAUGUGUUUGAGCAAAUAUUUGAAGAAAGCUGCAGCUCUUGCAUUUGUGCAGAACUUGAAAACAUUGGCACCAAAGGUGCUUCCAGUCACGGAACUUGUCCGAUUUGUAAUGGCUGGAAUUUACAGAAGGAUCAAAGGAUCAAUAAGAGGGGCUUCUCCUUUUGGAGAGGUUCUUCCAAAAACAAACAAACAAACAAACAUUGUGAACUUCAAAGCUGGCAUCGACCACUUUGUAAUUCAUCCUGGAGGAGCUGCUGUCAUUGAUGGAGUUGGGAAGAGCCUGAGGUUAAGUGAAUGGGAUUUAGAACCGGCGAGAAUGACACUUCAUCGGUUCGGGAAUACCUCAUCGAGUAGUAUUUGGUAUGCAUUGGGGUAUAUGGAAGCAAAGAAGAGGUUGAAGAAAGGGCAGAGAGUGUUCAUGAUAGGGUUUGGAGCUGGUUUCCUGGGCAACAGUUGUGUUUGGAUAGUUAACAGGGAUUUGAAAGAUGAAGGAGUUUGGAAAGAGUGCAUUGAUCAAUAUCCUCCAAAAACACUAGAGAAUCCAUUCAUGAAGAUGUAUGGAUGGAUUAAUGAUCAGGAUAUCUAGAAUAUUUUUGAG